AGCCCGGUUUGCCUGACUCGGCAUGGAUCUGUAUUACUGAGUGGAGCCUUUUUUUUUUCUCUCUCCCCCCUUUUCUUCCAUAUGAGCUGCUGCUGCUGCUGAGCUGCUGCUGCUGCUGAGCUGCUGCUGGAUGCUCCUCACCCUCCCCCCAACGCACUUGUUGCGCAGAGACUGGAUGCGCCUCUGAGUCCUUGGAGAGGAGAGGAGAGAGAGGAGAGGAGAGGAGAGAGAGGAGAGGAGAGGAGAGGAGAGAGGCAACAGGUGCACACACAGAAUCUUCACCCCCAAAAAAGGCUGCACCAGAGAUAAAAACAACAACUUUAAAUGCCGAUUUGAAGAGCCGUCUUCAGCCCGUCUCUCCGUGCGUAAAAACCUCCAGGAUGCCGGUCCUGACGAGCCCAGACAUCGCCGACAAGUUUCAGGAGAAAUGGCUGGAGGAUCAGGUCACCGGAUCCGGGUCCGCCUCGCUGCUCCCCCCGCUGGACGACAGCCUCACCAGCCUCCACUGGCUGCAGAACUUCUCCAUCGUCAACGCGGACCCGGAGCGACCCGGAGGAGCGUGUCCGUCCUCCUCCUCCUCCUCCUCCUCCUCCCAGCAGCAGCAGCACCACCUGUUGGGUCUGAAGCGGCUCGGUUUCCCCAGAGGAGGCACCGACUCCCCGUCCAGCCCGCCGGCCGGAGACACCGCCGCCACCGGGAUGCCUCUCUACCUCGGCAGCCCCGUCACCUCCGGCAGCGACUCCACCAGCUUCCCCAACAACAACUGCGGCUAUAACCCGCAGAUCCCCGUCAUCAUCCAGGCCAGCCCUCCAGUGGAGGUCGACUACAAAACCAACCCCAAAGUCAAGCCGCCCUACUCCUACGCGUCUCUCAUCUGCAUGGCCAUGCAGGCCAGCAAGCAGCCCAAAGUGACUUUAUCCACCAUCUACAACUGGAUCACGGAGAAUUUCUGCUACUACAGACACGCGGAGCCCAGCUGGCAGAACUCGAUUCGUCACAACCUGUCCCUCAACAAGUGUUUCAAGAAGGUCCCCAGACAGAAAGACGAGCCGGGGAAAGGAGGCUUCUGGCAGAUCGACCCGCAGUACGAGGACAUGUUCGUCAACGGCAUCUUCAAACGCAGGAGGAUGUCCGCUAACAGCUACAACAGCAGCAGCAGCAGCGGCAGCAGCAGCAGCAGCAGCAGCAGCGGCGCCCAGAGACAGAGCAAACUGCUUCAGGGUUAUCAAAAUGGCUGCCCGUACCAAGGGGCGGGCGUCAAACGGAAGCACCCGCCCUCUAAGAGCAACGGCAAGGCGACGAGGGCGACCGAGUCCCCUCUUCUGGCGAUGGAGGCCCACAGGGCGGACAUCCUGAGGGGGGACUUCGACCUGGCGUCCGUGUUCGACGACGUCCUCGGCGGGAACUGUAGCACCUUCGAGGAUUUGGACAUCAACACGGCGCUGAGCGCCCUGGGCUGCGAGAUGGAGGUUAACGUGCAGGGGAGGCAGUCGGGGCUAGGGAGGUGGUGCGGCGGAGGAGGGGACGUCGUGGCUCAGAGCCAGCAGCACCUGAACCACCACCAGUCCUAUGGUUACAUGGAUUGCAAUAUGGGAGAGCUCCACGUGCCGCUGCAGCUGCAGCAGCAGCUGGACCAGGAUCAGCUGCUCCACCACCAUCACCACCAACACCACCACCACCUGCAGCAGUUCGACGAGCCCUCCUCGCUGUUCCCAGAGCAGCCCGAGGAGGCGGUGCUGCAGCCCUGGGAGGAGAUCAAAGAAGAGGCGCAGGCCAUUCCUCUGACUCUGGAUCAGGGCUUCGGCCUGUGCGAGGGCUUCUUCACAGAGAUGCAGCCGUGGGAGCGAGUGGAGGCCUAUCUGUGACCUUUGACCCUAAACCUCAUUGACUCCUAAUUAUCUACACCCAUUAGAGAGAUGAAGUCCUGCCUCCCUCUUCUGGUGGACCCCCAUGGGACCUUAUGUUGAAAAAAAAA